AUGCUGAAGGAUCUGGAGGGCAAUGUGUCGUCUGAACCCAACCUGAAAUUACGAUCCAGGCUAAAGCAAAAAGUCGCUGAACGACGGAGCAGCCCCCUGUUGCGCAGGAAGGACGGGCCGGUGGUCACUGCUCUGAAGAAGCGCCCGCUGGAUGUCACAGACUCUGCAUGCAACAGUGCUCCUGGAUCUGGUCCCAGCUCUCCAAACAACAGCUCCAAUAACAUCAGCACUGAGAAUGGAAUUACAGGAUCAGUCACGAGUAUUCAGGCGGAGACCAGCCUGGCUCACCGACUGGUGAAUCGUGAAGGCUCUGUAACACAGCUUCCACUCUACACAUCUCCUUCUUUGCCCAACAUCACACUAGGACUGCCUGCCACUGGCCCUUCCAGCGGAGGAUCAGCACAGCAGGAUGCUGAGAGACUUGCUAUCCCAGCCUUGCAGCAGCGCAUCUCUUUAUUUCCUGGCACCCACCUCACUCCCUACUUGAGCACUACAACGUUGGAAAGAGAUGGGGGAACAGCACACAACCCUCUUCUGCAGCACAUGGUCUUACUGGAACAGCCAACUGCACAAACUCCCUUAGUCACAGACUGGUAUCUUUCAGGACUGCCCCUCCAUGCACAGUCUCUGGUUGGUGGAGAACGGGUCUCCCCUUCAAUACACAAACUCCGGCAGCAUCGCCCACUGGGGCGCACGCAGUCUGCUCCCCUUCCCCAGAACGCCCAAGCCCUCCAGCAGUUAGUGAUCCAGCAGCAGCACCAGCAGUUCUUGGAGAAACACAAACAGCAAUUCCAGCAACAACAACUGCACAUCAACAAGAUAAUAUCAAAACCCAACGAGCCAGCUCGCCAGCAUGAAAGCCACCCAGAGGAGACAGAAGAAGAGCUUCGAGAACACCAAGCCCUUUUGGAGGAGCCGUACAGUGACAGGGUGUCGAGCCAAAAGGAGGUCCCAGGGCUGGCCAAUAUGGUGCAAGUGAAGCAAGAACCCAUCGAGAGCGAUGAGGAGGAAGCUGAGCCGCAGCAGGAGCUGGAGUCUGGGCAGAGGCAGGCUGAGCAGGAGCUGCUCUUCCGCCAGCAAGCCCUCCUGUUGGAGCAGCAGCGCAUUCACCAGCUGAGAAACUACCAGGCAUCGCUGGAGGCAGCUGGGAUGCCAGUCUCCUUUGGAGGCCAUCGGCCCCUGUCCCGUGCACAGUCCUCACCCGCCUCGGCCACCUUCCCUAUGUCCGUACAGGAGCCACCCACUAAGCCAAGGUUCACUACAGGCCUUGUCUAUGACACCUUGAUGCUGAAACAUCAGUGUACCUGUGGAAACACAAACAGCCACCCGGAGCAUGCGGGGAGGAUCCAGAGCAUCUGGUCCAGGCUGCAGGAGACAGGUCUCCGUGGCAAGUGCGAGUGCAUUCGUGGAAGAAAAGCAACUCUAGAAGAGCUGCAGACAGUUCACUCGGAAGCUCAUACACUGCUGUACGGCACAAACCCUCUGAACAGACAGAAACUGGACAGCAAGAAACUUCUAGGUUCUCUAACGUCGAUGUUUGUCAGGCUUCCUUGUGGUGGUGUCGGGGUCGACAGUGACACGAUCUGGAAUGAAGUUCACUCAUCUGGUGCUGCUCGCCUGGCUGUGGGCUGCGUCAUUGAGCUUGUUUUCAAAGUGGCCACAGGAGAACUGAAGAAUGGAUUUGCCGUUGUUCGACCUCCAGGUCACCAUGCAGAAGAAAGCACACCCAUGGGCUUCUGCUAUUUUAACUCCGUGGCAAUUGCAGCCAAGCUGCUCCAGCAAAGACUGAAUGUUAGCAAAAUCCUCAUAGUGGACUGGGAUGUGCACCAUGGGAACGGUACUCAGCAAGCUUUCUACAAUGAUCCCAAUGUUCUUUAUAUUUCACUACAUCGCUAUGAUGAUGGGAACUUCUUUCCAGGCAGUGGUGCUCCUGAUGAGGUUGGCACAGGAGCAGGAGUUGGGUUCAAUGUUAACAUGGCCUUCACUGGUGGCCUUGAUCCACCGAUGGGAGACACAGAAUACUUAACUGCUUUCAGGACGGUCGUCAUGCCCAUUGCCAAUGAGUUUGCCCCGGAUGUUGUGCUGGUGUCAUCUGGUUUUGACGCGGUGGAAGGCCAUCCUACGCCUCUGGGAGGAUAUAAUCUCUCUGCAAAAUGCUUUGGGUACCUGACGAAGCAGCUGAUGGGCCUGGCCGGAGGCCGCGUCGUCCUGGCCCUCGAAGGAGGCCACGACCUGACUGCCAUUUGCGAUGCCUCAGAAGCAUGUGUUUCUGCUUUGCUGGGAAACGAGCUCGACCCUCUUCCAGAAAAGGUUCUCCAGCAGAGAGCAAAUGCUAAUGCGGUGCAUUCAAUGGAGAAAGUGAUUGAGAUACACAGCAAGUAUUGGCAUUCACUCCAGCGCUAUGCCUCCACAGUGGGCUAUUCCCUGGUUGAGGCACAGAAGUGUGAGAACGAAGAGGCUGAGACAGUGACAGCCAUGGCAUCUCUGUCGGUAGGCGUGAAGCCAGCUGAGAAGCGACCCGAUGAUGAACCGAUGGAAGAGGAACCUCCCCUGUAGCAUUCAUCUUCGAGCUGGAGUUCUCCUGUUUGUUUGUCUUCGUCUUGAAGCUCUGCCAAGAAGCUUUCUCUUGUUACUCCUGCGUCCUGUCAUGGUUUUUUCCAGAAUACAGAAGGACAACCAGGUGUAAAGCAAAGCAACCGAAAAAUCUCUCCGUAUCUAUACGCGUCUACAGUAUAUAUUUGCUGAAAAUGAAAAAUGCUGGUGAAGAGCAGUAAAGGACUGACAACGCUGGGCACUCUUCCUCUGGUCCUCACCGGGAGUGGAAAGGGGAACGACGCCCGUGAAGUCUUUGGCAGAGUUGCCAAAAAGUCAAAGAUUCAACAACACACGUGAAAAUAAAACAAACAGACCUUAACGUGAAACUGGUGCUUACAAUUUGAUUACCCACAAUUCAGCAAUCUCCGCUUGAACCACUUUGACCCAUCUUGUAGUUUCAUUUCUUGGAUUUUUUAAAUGGCUCUUGCCUGCCUGUGAGUCAACGACGCUAUUGUCGAAACCAGAACAAUGUGAGAUGGUGUAUUUUUAAUGGGGAGGGACAGGGAAAGAGGACUAGUCUUACAUCUAAAGGAAAGGGAAAGAGAGGGGGGAAACGCAGAAAAGGAAACGGUAGCCCAGAUGGAGUCGGCUUUAUUGUCUCCAAAGCCAUCUGAAGAUGAGUUUGUGCCUUUUUUUUUUUAAUUGAUGGAUAUGGUGCAGCUGGAUUUUUGAAGUUUGAGGAACAAUGCCUUAAGUAAAAACAAAAAAACACAAAAAAGAACAAAAACAAACAAAAAAAAACACGAAAAAAAAAGAAAACGCAGCAGUUCGUGAAUAUUUUUCCUCUGGUUGGAAAGCCAAGAACUGCCAUCAGGAAGGAAGACUUUUUGGCUUGUGCUGGCAUGAUGGUGGGAAGCAGGCAUCAGCUGAACAGAGCGUCUCCAAAAACUGUCUACAAGUUUGGAUUUGUUUUGUUUUCUUUCAUUGCUGUUUCAAAAAAAAAAAAAAAAAAAAAAAACUAACAAAAAAAAACAAAAAAAAAAGAAAAAAUUAAGGUAGUUGCCAAGAAAGUGGCAAAUACUGUUGGGUCUUUGAAAUUCAACCAUUUUUAAAAUCAAAUUUUCAAAUGUUUUCUCUCUUCUACAUUAUCUAGUAAUUGAACUUAUCAAUUUGGUUGUUGAAGCAUGUAUUAGACACAAAUGCAGGUUUAAGACUGGAAUGCUUUUUAUUAAAAGCAACUAGCAUGAGAUAUUGCUUAAAUUGUUAGGUAUAAAUAUAUAUAUGUGUAUAAUGUAUAUUCCAAAUGUAUUCCAAGCUUAGAAACCGGAUUCCUAUGAAUUAUUGAUAAAAUAUUUAUAAUGCAUUUAUAGAAAAAUAUAUGUAAUAAAUGCAUACUAUAACAGUAGCCAUUGAAAGUUCCCUAGGGACAGAUUUGUGAAUUGGAAUGUCGAGGUGCUUUUGGAAAAGGAUCCAGGUAGAAACUUGAGGACUUUCGGACAACA